CAAUGCGUCCGGCCAGCUUAUAUCUGCUGUCUGAGUUUUAUAACUGCAGAGCAGCAGAGGACAGAAACACACAGAUCAGUAUCCCCAGUUGGCCAGUAUUAUGGACGAAUACAAGGAAAUAGCACUGCUGUAUGCAGACAAUACAAGGAGAAAGGUCAACGAACUUUGCUCUGAUUUGGAGGCAUGGCAGGUCAUUGCUUAUUCUGUUGGGGUCACAUUGCUUCUGAACUGGCUCUACCACUUCCUGUGUCAUCCAAGGCUUACUCUGAAGCAGCGCAUCGUGAAAACCUUUUUCAAAGUGGUGAAAAGCCUUCCAGUUAUUAAGGACAAGAUAAAAGCAGAGAUUGAUAAGAAUGUGUCAGAUAUCGCCAGAGAUCUGUUUCCCCUGAAGCCUGGCGAUAGCUACAUCACUGAGCUACCCGCUAAGGGUCUUAGCCGAGAGAACAUUAUAAACAAGGUCAACAAAGAUUAUAAACCUAUGGGUGGCAUCGACUGGAAGGGAGGCAAGGUAUCCGGGUGUGUGUAUGGAGGUACUGAUGAAAUGGCAGCCCUGGCAUCACAGAUGUAUGAAGACUUUGCCUGGACCAACCCUCUCCAUCCAGACGUUUUCCCUGAUGUUCGGAAGAUGGAGGCGGAGAUUGUUGCCAUGACGCUCAGAAUGUUCAAUGCUCCCAAGUCAGGCUGUGGCACAAUGUCUACUGGUGGUACUGAAAGCAUCCUGAUGGCAUUGGCCGCAUACAGAGAUUUAGCUACAGAGAGGGGCAUUGAAUACCCAGAAAUCAUUGCCCCAGUCUCAGCCCACGCAGCAUUUGAUAAGGCUGCUCAUUACUUCCGAAUGAAGCUCGUGCAUGUGCCACUAGAUCCAGUCACACAAGAAGCCGAUGUCAGGGCCAUGAGACGUAAGAUUAACAAGAGGACAGCAGUUCUUGUGGGCUCAGCACCGAUGUUCCCACAAGGAGUCAUGGACCCCAUAGAAGCUAUCGCAGAGCUCGGUGACUACUAUGGCAUUCCAGUGCACGUGGAUUCCUGUUUGGGUGGAUUCCUUGUUCCUUUCAUGGACAAAGCUGGUUUCCCUCUGGCUCCGUUUGAUUUCAGACUCAAGGGCGUUACAAGUAUAUCAGCUGAUACCCAUAAGUAUGGAUAUGCCCCUAAAGGCUCCUCUGUGAUCAUGUAUCGAGAGAGGAAAUUCCGCCAUCCUCAGUUCUUUGUGUCCCCUGAUUGGACGGGUGGCAUCUAUGCCACACCCACUAUUGGAGGAAGUCGAGCUGGAGCCAUUAUUGCUGCAUGCUGGGCUACCAUGAUGUUUCUUGGUGAGGAUGGAUACGUAGAGAAUACGAGGAAGAUUGUCUCUGCUGCAAGGAAGAUUACUAAAGAGCUUCGUCAGAUUCCGGGCAUCUUCGUCUACGGCAACCCUGAGGUGAGCGUGGUCGGGGUCGGGUCAAAGGUCUUCAACAUCUACCGUCUAUCGGGAGCCCUCACAAAGCGAGGUUGGAAUCUCAAUUCUCUUCAAUUCCCUUCAAGCUUCCAUUUGUGUGUGACUCUCCGUCAGACGUUUCCUGGAGUAGCGGAACAGUUCAUCCAGGAUGUUAAAGAGUGUACUGAAGAGAUCAUGAAGACGCCCAACGAGAAGGCAUCAGGCAGUGCUGCUAUGUAUGGGACUGCACAGGCCAUUCCAGAUCGCUCCUUGGUGACAGACCUUGCCAGAGGCUACCUUGAUGCCUACUACUCCACAGAUCCCAUAGAAUAAGCACUGAAUGUGUCAUGGUCUUUAUAGUUGUAUCUUAAUUGUGACAUGGGUCUCUUAAUC